AUGGGGAGAGAAAUUGUUCGUGAAGAAGACCCGAAGAAACCUGGAAAAUGUAGUAGAUUGUGGCUGCAUGAGGAGGCAUUUGAUAUAUUGACAAAGCAUAAGGGAACUAAAACAGUUGAAGGACUCACUUCAAAUUUUUCAAGUUCAAGUACGGUGAAUAUCAAUACAAUAGCAUUUAUAAAAAUGCGUAGGCUGAGAUUACUCCAACUUGAUCAUGUACAACUCACUGGAGAAUGUGGGAAUCUUUUUAAAGAAUUAAGGUGGCUCCGUUGGCAUGGAUUCCCUCAAGAAUUUCUACCAGUUAAUUUUUAUCCAAAAGAGUUAGUUGCAAUUGACUUGCGAUAUAGCAAUCUCAUACAAGUUUGGAAAGAUCCCAAGUUGUUCAAGAAGAUGAAAAUCCUAAAUCUCAGUCAUUCUCAUUAUCUAAUCAAGACCCCAAACUUUUCAAGUCUCCCCAAUCUUGAGAAAUUAAUACUCAAAGAUUGUACUGGUUUAUUUGAAGUUGACCAAUCUAUUGGAGAUCUUAGUAAUCUUGUUUCGGUAAAUUUGAAAGAUUGCAAAUGCCUUAAAACUCUUCCACAAAGCUUUUAUAAGUUGAAGUCUCUAAAAAUUCUCGUUCUUUCCGGUUGUUCUAAAAUUAGCCAUUUGGCUGAUGACUUGGGAGAGAUGGAAUCCUUGACAACUCUUCGUGCAGACAACACUGCUAUAAGACAAGUGCCAUUCACCAUAGUACAACUGAAGAACCUCACACAUUUAUUUCUAGAUGGGUGCAAAGGAUCACCAUCCGAAACAUUGCCUUCACUUUUUUACAGUCUAAUACCACAAAGUCCUGAGUCAAUAAAUCUAUUGCCUGCUAGGCUACAAGGCUUAAGCUCACUAACACACCUAUGUCUCCGGGAGUGCAAUUUAUCAGAUGGCGCAAUUCCUGCAAAUAUUCAAAGUAUAAAUUCUCUUCGGUGUUUAGAUCUCGGAGGCAAUAGUUUUAGUAGCCUACCAGCAAGCAUUGGUGGUCUUUCGAAGCUUAGAAUUCUCAAAUUGACAAGUUGCAAAAGGCUUCAAUCAAUCCCAUAUUUACCAACAGGUUUGAUGUUUCUGGUUGUAACAAACUGCAUGGCGCUAGAAAGUAUGCCAGAUCUAUCAAUGCUCAAAAAAAUGGCCAAUUUGAGCCUUACUAAUUGCCACAAAUUGGAGGAGAUUCAAGGUUUGGAUCAGUUGUGGAAUCCUGUUUUAUCCAUUCACAUGGAAGGGUGCAGAAAUCUAACAUCUACUUUUAAGCAAAGCUUUCUACAGGAAUGGUGUAUGCGUGGAAUUGGUAGAUUUAGCAUUUUUCUCCCUGGCAAUGAUAUUCCUGAUUGGUUCACUUAUAAAGAUGAGGGGUCAUGGGUACGCUUCAAGUGGGCUGAUUCUGCCGAAGGGAGUUUUAAAGGAUUUGUUACAUGCAUUGUUUAUUCGUCACUUGUUAUGGUAGUAUCUCCAUACUGCACUCAAAUCAUGAUUCCCAACCAUAACAAUCGUACUUGUCAGGCCAUUAGUCCAACAACAAUUGGUGGCCCAAUCCCCCCUGGAGAUCACUUGGGGAUAUUCAAUGUUGAUAAAAAUAUGUUCGAUUUGGAGUUCGGUGAAGAAGUUGAGGUGUUAGUAGAUUUUGGACCUGAGAUUAUUGUUAAAAAGACGGGGGUCUGUCUAGUAUAUGGAAAAAGGACACAUGUUAUUGAUGAGGAGGAUGCCGCUGUUGUUGUUGAUGAUGAAGCUGCAACUUUACUCAAGUCUAUGAGAGUCGUCGUUAGUGAAGAUAACUUCAGACACCAGUAUCAAAACUUAGUUCGGGAGGUAGAUAUCUUCAACUUUAUAAUAAACAUGGAGGAAACCGAUAUGCUGCAGCUCUCUCAAGAUUAUUGCAGAUGA